AUGCUAAAGUACUCCUCUGCAGUUCUUCUCUGUCUUAAAUUCUUAUCAGUUGCUGACCUGAGGGAUUGUGAAGCAGCAGGCAGCAAGUGCCAUCAACAAGCAGAGUGUCUAAAAGUCCAAAACAAUUUCACCUGUGUGUGUGGCGUGGGCUUUCAGGGUGAUGGUGUUCUGUGCAGAGACAUCGAUGAAUGCCUCAGCGGCCUGCACAGUUGUCAUCUGAAAGCCCGCUGCAAAAACACCCUUGGCAGCUACAGUUGUUUUUGUCUCAGUGGAUUCAUCGGCGAUGGCACUAACUGCCAGGAUAUUGAUGAGUGCCAAAAAGAAAAUGGGGGCUGUCACGCCAACGCACUCUGCAGGAACUUUGAGGGUGGACGACAGUGUAAAUGUAAAAUCGGUUUUGAGGGAAACGGUUUCAAGUGCACUGAUAAAAAUGAAUGCAGGAACCAAAACAUUUGCCACUGGAAUGCAACAUGCAGCAAUAACCCUGGAUCUUAUGUGUGCACCUGUAAUGCUGGCUAUAAGGGCAACGGGAACUACCUAUGUCUCGAUAUCGAUGAAUGCUCAGAGACUCCACGGGUGUGCUCGUCCUCGCUUGGUUACAAAGGCUGCAAAAAUCUGCCUGGUACUUAUCGCUGCACAUGCAGCAACGGCUUUGAAAGUAACGGACAGAGCUGCACGGACACUGACGAAUGCGCAAGCAACAUCUGUAGUCUAUAUGCAGACUGUUUUAACACAAUCGGGUCAUACCAGUGUACAUGCAACAGCGGUUUUGUCGGAAAUGGCCUGAGAUGUGUUGAUAUGAAUGAAUGCAAUGAGGACAAUGACUGUGAUCCCAAUUCUUUAUGUAUUAACAGGCUUGGAAGUUAUGAGUGCUCCUGUCAGGAGGGGUUUGUAGGAGAUGGCAGAUUGUGUGAGGAUAUUCAUGAGUGCGCAACACCAAACAUCUGCCCUCCUACCACUACCUGUGUCAACACCGGUGGGUCAUAUUUCUGCGACUGUGGCAGUGGAUUCAUCUUUAAUAACUCUCAGUGCCGUGACCUGGAUGAAUGUGCAGCAGGCCGUUGCAGCCCAUACUCUCUCUGCACGAAUUCACCCGGUUCCUUCACAUGCCAGUGUGCAGCAGGUUACAGGGGAGAUGGCUUCACAUGUACGGAUGAGGAUGAAUGUUCCAUUUCUACUCCAUGUCACUCCAAUGCCCUUUGCACUAACCUGCCUGGUAUCUACAACUGCACCUGUCAGGUGGGCUACUCUGGAGAUGGUGUGAUCCAGUGUGCUGAUGUGAAUGAGUGUCUUGUGGAUAAUGGAGGCUGUAGAAAUAAGGCUACAUGUGUGAACAACAUAGGCUCAUUCACUUGCCUAUGCCAGAAGGGAUUUAUCUUGGUCAACCAGACUCUUUGCCAGGAUGUAAAUGAAUGUGAGAAACAGGAAAAUUCAUGUGGUGUCAAUGAAGAAUGCAAGAACAUAGAUGGUUCGUAUGAAUGCCUCUGCCAGACUGGAUAUUACCGCCCUGGCGCCAACAUGGACUGUGUUGAUAUUGACGAGUGUAAAGAGAAUCCUUGCCAUGUUAAUGCGACAUGCCUCAACACAAUCGGCUCCCACAUUUGCACCUGCAAGCGUGGUUUUGCAGUCAAUGGCACACAGUGUGAUGACAUUGAUGAGUGCUCUGAGAUGGACACAUGCCAUCCAAGGGCACUAUGCAUCAACUUUAUUGGGGACUUCUUCUGCUCAUGCCAGCAGGGUUUCAAAGGCGAUGGCUUCUUCUGCGAGGAUGUGGACGAGUGCAUCCUCUUGGAUACUAUUUGUCCAGAUUUCUCAAAGUGUGUCAACUCCCCUGGAGCACAUAUUUGCUCAUGUUUGAAUGGUACAGUAGCUCUAAAUGACACUUGUGUGCCACCCAGUCUACGCUGUGACCGAAGGUGCCACAUUCAUGGCCUGUGCCACCACUCACCUACUGGACACCAAUGUGCGUGCGACCUGGGUUACAUUGGUGAUGGCCUGGCUUGCUUUGAUAUAGAUGAGUGCCAGAGGGAAAACAUUUGUCCUGAAAAUGACACAGAAUGUUUGAAUGUCCCUGGUUCAUAUUCCUGUGUUUGUAAACAAGGCUACAUUCUCAGUGGACUUCAAUGUGCUGACUUUGAUGAAUGCCAAUUCCAAAAUGGAGGAUGCCAUAACAUUGCCAGCUGCACAAACACACCUGGAUCUUUCACCUGUGUUUGCCCCAUCGGCAUGGAUGGUAACGGCUUUCAGUGCCAAGAUGUAAACGAAUGCGAGCAGAAUUCCAUCCUGCCACAUAACUGCAGUACCCAGGCUUUGUGCCGCAACACAUACGGAGCCUACAGCUGCCAGUGCCUGGAUGGAUACCGGGGGGAUGGCUUUGAUUGUGAGGAUAUCGAUGAAUGCCACGAGAACACAACUUGUAGCACAAAUACGAUAUGCAGCAACACCAUCGGUUCCUACACCUGUCUGUGUAUUGUUGGCCUGGUAUAUGACAAGGGGACAUGUGUGAACGAAGACCUCUGCCUGAAUACCAGUUCCGUCUGCCAUCCCCUCGCCGAGUGCAACUAUAAUCAGAGUUCCUUCUACUGCCAGUGCAAAGAUGGCUAUCAAGGCAAUGGCUUGGAAUGCUCUGAUGUGGAUGAAUGUGACCAAUUCCAAGUUCAAAUUUGCCCUACCUUCUCCUCCUGUUUCAACACUAAUGGCUCCUACAUCUGUGAAUGUUGGGAAGGUUUCCUUGACAAUGUGACACACUGUCAUGACAUUGACGAAUGUGCAAUAGAAAACUUCACCUGCCCGGAAAACAGCACUUGUAGCAAUGUGAAUGGAGGCUAUAAAUGUAUUUGUGACUCAGGCUUCUCUGCCAAUGGAUCCAUGUGCUUUGAUGUAGACGAAUGCUCUCUCGGGUUCAUUCAGUGUCCCAAUUCCUCCAGCUGUCUGAACUCAGUAGGAUCCUUCUUCUGUGAGUGUUGGGAAGGUUACCAAAACAACGGUCAUGACUGUGAGGAUAUUAAUGAGUGCCAGAACAACUCUACCUGCCCUGAAUAUAGCACAUGCAUCAACACUAAUGGAAGCUUCCAAUGUAUAUGUGAUGCUGGAUUUUCCCAUGUCGAGGACUCAUGCAUGGACACCAAUGAGUGCAAUGAAACUAAUCUCGAGAACAUUUGCAGCAACGGGGCAUGUAUUAAUGCAAUCGGAUCAUAUUACUGUGUAUGUAUUAGUGGAUUUUGGAGUAAUGAAACAAUUUGCGUAGAUAUCGAUGAAUGCUCAGACUCUCGCAACUCAACAGUGUGCCCGCCUCAAUCUACAUGUGUCAACAACCCUGGGUCUUACCGUUGUCCUUGCAAUGAGGGCUUUAUCUUCAAUGGCACUGAGUGUCAGGAUAUAGAUGAAUGUCAGGACUCAGUUGUUAGUCUGUGCCCUGAGCAUUCAUUUUGUAAUAACACAGCAGGAUCCUUCAUCUGUGAGUGUUAUCCUGGGUACAGUUCCUUUCAGCUGGGUUGUGAUGAUAUUGAUGAAUGUAAAGACAACACCUCCUGUCGCUUUGAUCAGGUGUGCACCAAUGUUCCUGGAACAUAUAACUGCACUUGUCCUUCAGGAUACCUUCAGGAUACCUUCAGGAGCAUGUGUGUCGACACCAAUGAAUGUGAGGAUUUACCUUGCCAUUCCUUGGCACGUUGCUGGAAUACGCCUGGUUCCUUUUCAUGCCAUUGCCCUCUGGGCUUCGCAGGAAAUGGCUCGUGGUGCAAAGAUGUGGACGAGUGUGUGGCUUUCACCAAUCCAUGCCAUCCUGUAGCUCGCUGCCACAACACCCCAGGGUCAUUUGUAUGUUUAUGCAUGCAUGGCUUUGUGAGUAUCGGGCCACUGUGUGUAGACCUUGAUGAAUGCCAACAGGCCAAUGGGCAGUGUCACUCUGCUGCCACCUGCUCCAAUCAUGUUGGAAGUUUCAAAUGCUCCUGUAACCAUGGCUGGAGUGCAACCAUAGACAGUGGUCAUGGAAAAGGAGGGUGUGUGGACUUUGAUGAAUGUGUCCACCCCGCAAUAUGUCCCGGGCAAACUUCUUGUACAAAUCUGCCAGGGUCUUACACCUGUUCCUGUCGAGAAGAUAAUAUAAAGUGCAACAUGACUCAGAAUGGUUAG